AUCAUGGGAAUCAGCAGGAGGCCAACACCGCCACGUCUAAGGACUGGCCUUAUCCAGGCUCAAGCAUGCAGCCCCGAGAGGAAAAACCACUGGAGGACAAGGACAAGGAGGGAGUGGAGGACCGAGGGACGGAAGCCGAGGAGACAGAGCCUGAGGAAGUGGACCCUCAGUUCUACGUCACCGUGACCAUCUCCUCGCUGCUCAUCCUGACAGCUGUCAUCAUUGUAGCCAAACUCUGUUACGAUCGCAGUUGUUCCCAGCACCCACCCCCACUUUCUCGUGGCGUGGCACCCCCCCUUACCCUCGCACUCCCUCGCUCCCUCGCUUCAGAGGACAGCCGGCAGACGCUGCACAGCACCUCCUCCUCCUUCACAGACAGGGAGAGGAUCCCAGUUGUGAACCUCUGAGGUGACUGUUUUUCCAUAUGGUAAACGUUUCUUCGGGGCCUGUGGCGGAGCAUCAACAUGACCAGAGGGCGUGCCUGCACUGAUGUUUUAUUUUCUCUCAAACUGUGAAGUGAAUUCAGGGAUCCCAGGUAUCCAGU